AUGUUCUUAGGGUCGUCAUCCACCAGUCUCGUUUCCAGACUGCGCACAGCUCCAUUAAACCGAUUGUCCACCGCCUCUCCGAUUGUCGCCCGCGUAUCACGCACAUCCGCAACGUUGGCUCCCCCCACUAAACAAGCCACCCCUCCUUCCUCUUCCUCUCCCUUCUCUCUCCUCUCUUCUUCUUCUUCCUCUCCUUCAUCUGCCGUUUUGUCUCCUUCAUCCUUCUCCCCUUCCCCCCGAGUUGCUCAUUCGGCUUCGACCGUAACAACUCGUGCAGCUUUAAUUUCUCGACACCUUUCUUCGUCCGCUACCCCGCCGCAGUCGCCCACCAUGUCUUACACCGUUCGCAAGAUCGGCCAGGCCAACACCCUGGAGCACCGUGUCUACAUCGAGAAGGAUGGCCAGCCCGUCUCUCCCUUCCACGAUAUUCCUCUCUACGCCAACGAGGAGCAGACUAUCCUUAACAUGGUCGUUGAGAUCCCCCGCUGGACCAACGCCAAGCAGGAGGUAUGGGGACGGAAGCACCCAAUAUCGCAAAGUACGGACGCUGAUUACGUAUGA